AUGGAAGAACUCUAUGACUAUUCCAAGCAUAAAUAUUGUGUUGUUAUCGAUUUGGGCUAUAACUUCAUCAGCUCUAGAGCGAUAGCCAUUCAUAGACCUACAAAGAAAGAUGAAAGUUCUACACACGAAUACCGCACCUCAAUUUUAUAUGACACUACCACGAGAAAUAUCAUUGCCAGAGGUAACAAGGCUGAUGAAGCGAAUGAGAAUCCGGAAGGGCUUCAAGAAGGCGUUAUUUAUGUACGGAACACCUUAAGCGAGCUUGCUGACAUUUAUUUAAAAUCAAAGCAACAAUCCUUCGACACUACGGCACUGUACGCGCUCUUGUACGAGGAAGCUAUAGACCUGUUACAAAGAAUACUGGAUCAUUAUAAACAAGAAUUAAAUAGUGCAAAUAUGGAUUUUUGUUAUUCUUUGAAUCUUCCAACCAGUUGGGAUUAUAAAAUAAGAGAAGGAUUGUUCCUGCCUCUAUUCGCAAAAGCUGGUCUUCACCACACAAAUGAUGGUCCGGGCAGGCUGGUGUUUUUCUCAAUGUUAGAAUUACACUUUUAUGAUAUAGAUAUACGUAGACUAUUUCGUGAGGGUGAUAGCUUGAAGUAUGGUGAACAGUGCGUUAUUUGUACAAUAGAUGAUCAAGGUACAUACUCCGUGGAUUUAAAAUUGGUAUCAGCUCAAUACCCUGCUUUCGGAUUAGCAUACAGAGGAUUGGUGCCACAAUUGUUGAAGCAAGCUCAUUUUGUAAUCCCGUAUGGACUAAAGGAACUACGAUUGUCAUUAAUAGCAUGUGUGGAAAAGCAUUGUGAUACUACGUUAUCAUCAGAAUCUAUCGACGACAUGCUUGAAAAACUCAGUCGAAAGUAUGACAGAUUUGAUAUAAUUACAAUAGUUUUUGGUUUAGAUGAGCAGCCAUUGCCAUACUUGAAAUCUCGCUGGACGAAUAAAUCAAUCACUUUAAAGGACAUACUUGAACAUUUUUUUGGUUCUGCCGAAAAAUUCUUUAGAAAUGAAGUAGAUAAACUUCUUGUAGGCACGAACAAUACAGUACCCAGGCACUUGGACAUUUUUUACACAAGUCGAAUCCUGGAAACAUUUUUAGCCCUGGGGAUAGUCCUUUCAAUUAAUUGUUUAUGCAGAAAGUAUUUCAGGGAACUAAAAGAGUAUUACAUAUCCGCGGAACUCGCUGAUGAUAUCCCCAGAUUAGAACUUUUUGACUGUAAUUCCCGACAAUAUGCAACUCAAGCGCUUUUCGAUUACCGUAUAAAAGACUUUAACGUGCGCAGAAACCCAAUUAUAUUACCCAACGAAGAACCCAAAAGUUGCUUGAAACCUAUUAUCUUCAUCAAUAUCGACAUAUCGCCUACACAAAUCCAGACUGUUUUUACAUACCUAGAUAAAGAUAGACAAAUUGGACAGAAGCAUGAUAUUGAAUGUAAUAUGCAACCAUUAAAAAAUUUCAUCAAGCAAUCAGAAUUACAUCAAAGACCAAUACUUCGCAUAUCAAAUAGACUAAAGUUAGGGCUAGAAAAGAUUUUUGGUGACUAUCUCAAAAUUCAUUCAAACUACAAAAGACGAAGUAUGAUAAGAAGAAUACUAGUGAAUUCGACACCCAAAUUACUUAACCAGGCUUUCCAAAACAUGCGGAAGAGAAGAACUUUAAGCAGUGAUGGAAGGAUAAAAUCAAAGGAAAAAUUAAAAAGUAAUGUAGGAUCAAAUUGGAGAGCCAACAACAUUUGGUAUGCCGUCUCUUUGAAUAAAAAGCUAUUGGAUACUGUAUUCGGCUCAAUAAAAAAUCUGGAAAAAUCAUUCUUUGCAAGCGGAAUACUCGGGGAGGACGACGAACUUCGAAAAGCAAAAUUCUGCACCCGUGGUGAAGAAAUUCUACCAGCUAUCCAGCACAAGUAUCAACAUUUGGACUUUAGGUUGAAAUCAUACUUUGUUGUUGCACAGAUAUCUUCAAAGCAUAUUCAACUCAGUUUGCAUCAAGUGGUCAAACUGGCAUCAACCGGAGAAGAUCCAGCGUCCAUCAUUAUACAGGAUGAAAUAAUACAUAUCGAUGAUGUAUAUGAUACACUCUGCAAGUGUAUUAUGAAAAGCAUACAAAUCGAUUGCCAAGUUGAUUAUUGUACCAAGCACAAGGACGAGGAAGAUACACAGUAUGAUUUCCAGUCAUUUGAGAUAUAUAGCAAUAUUUAUCGAAAUUUAAAACCAUGCGUUGUUAAACUUUUCGAAAGAAGCAAAUCAAAUUUGGACAUAGAUUCCAAGAUACAACUAAAUAUCAGCACGAAAUGUGGUUGCAGUAUAAGCAUAUUUCUUCGUAAUAUUAUUGAAGCAGGCUUUAUGUCAGUGAUAGAAAGUAUAACAACAUAUAUGGUGGCUUCUUUGACCAACAAAAAACUAUUUGGAAACUUUGUACCGAAUUAUAUUUUUGUCUUUGGAGAUCCGUUCAAUCUGGGGCAGGGUUCAAAGAUCCACACAGUAUACACCUUGAUUAUGCAAAAAGCGAUUGAUGACGGCGUAUAUAUUAAAGAAAAAGAUACAAAGACAUUUGUACUAAGAGAAUCUAUUUUCCAGUUACUGGAGAAGUUUUUAUCUGGAAAAAAGCCUUACAUGUUUGAUAGGUUUGUCACCGGAACUUUGUGCCAAGUAUCAAGCAAUACAUACGGGAUGCGGAUUUCAUCAUCUUUUACAAAAGAUUCGAUCGCUUUCACCCGAAUAAACAGUGAUGGUGAUAUCAAAAAUAAGAUUACAAGAGAUGGCAGAUGUUUGGUAUUUAUUCAGAAAGGGAAGCCAGUUUCAACAAAAGGGCUUAUAAUUCAAAUCAAUAAACGAGAAGGCAAGUUCGUAGCCAUUAUUAAGUUUUUGGAUUAG